UAAAAUCCAAUGAGAAAACACCAAUUUUUUUUGAAUAUUUCGUUAUUUCCUUAUUUCCUUCUCUCAUAAAACAGCAAAUAAAUGAAACAUGUUACUGGAGUUAUGCCCCAUUGCAUUUUUUACAGGCUUUCUCUUUCUCUACUUUCUUCCUCCUGAACUAGCACAAGUUCCUUUCACUCAACUUUUUUGGAGUCAGUGACAAGCACACACACAUAAUCAUUGUGUCACAGAAUGAGUUCAUCCUCAGGCCAGAGCAGUGGCUAUGAUCUCUCCUUCAAGAUCUUGUUGAUUGGUGAUUCUGGUGUUGGAAAAAGUAGCCUUCUUGUUACCUUCAUUUCCAACUCUGUUGAAGAUCUUGCACCAACAAUUGGUGUUGAUUUUAAGAUCAAGGUGUUGACAGUGGCUGGGAAGAGGUUAAAGCUUACAAUUUGGGAUACUGCUGGGCAGGAAAGGUUUAGGACUCUAACGAGUUCUUAUUACAGAGGAGCGCAAGGAAUCAUUCUCGUUUACGAUGUCACGAGGAGAGAAACCUUCACGAACUUAUCGGAAGUGUGGUCUAAGGAAUUGGAACUCUAUUCAACUAAUCAAGAUUGUGUGAAGAUACUAGUUGGAAACAAAGUUGACAGAGAGUCUGAAAGGGCUGUGAGCAGAGAAGAGGGUUUAGCUCUCGCCAAAGAGUUGGGGUGUUUGCUUCUCGAAAGUAGCGCUAAAACUCGAGAAAAUGUGGAGCAGUGCUUUGAGGAACUUGCUCUAAAGAUAAUGGAAGCUCCUAGUCUUUUGGAAGAAGGAUCAACAUCAGUUAAAAGAAAUGUUUUAAAGCAGAAACAGGAACCCCAAGCAUCACAAAAUGGUGGUUGUUGCUCUUAAAAUCCUGCGUUUGUAUACACUGAGUUCUCUAGCUAGCACAUCUUGGACAAAUCCUGUACAUGUAAAGCUUCUUCUUUAGUUUCUUACUACUGCGCUGUGCUGCCAUUGUUUGUUUCUUGCCGAAUUACUUGCAAUAUCAGAAUGGGUUUAGGGUUGGCAACAAUGAUGCUAUUAGCUUGUGUAAAUGUGUUUGCCUAUGAAUAUCAUUUAUGUGUUACUCCCAAGUCCGAAGUCUUUGAUACUGCAAUUGCAGAUUCUUGCAACUAAGUGCACUUGU